GCGAAGGGAACGAACCACGCGGCGGAGGACUUCGCACCCCACGGAGCUGUUGCCGUUCCCAUCCCUCGCUCUCCCCCCCUCUUCCUCCCUUCCCCUCUCCAAUCGAGUCGAAUCAAAGAGCGGGAGCGGUAUUGUUCGAAGAACUCGUCGUUCUCCUUUCAUGGCGAUGGAUUUGGAUCUGUGGAUCUCCAAGGUGAAGGAAGGGCAGCACUUGCAAGAGGAUGAGCUCCAGCUGCUCUGCGAAUACGUGAAGGAGAUUCUUAUUGAGGAGUCAAAUGUCCAGCCUGUCAAUAGCCCUGUAACUGUCUGCGGUGACAUCCAUGGUCAAUUUCAUGAUUUAAUGAAACUCUUCCAGACUGGAGGUCAUGUUCCUGAGACGAAUUACAUCUUUAUGGGUGAUUUUGUUGAUCGUGGCUAUAAUAGUUUGGAAGUUUUCACUAUCCUUCUGCUUCUAAAAGCCAGAUACCCUGCAAACAUCACACUUUUGCGUGGAAAUCAUGAGAGCAGGCAGUUAACUCAGGUCUAUGGCUUUUAUGAUGAGUGCCAGAGGAAGUAUGGGAAUGCCAAUGCAUGGCGUUACUGCACUGAUGUUUUCGACUACCUUACCCUCUCGGCAAUUAUAGAUGGAACUGUUCUUUGUGUUCAUGGUGGUCUUUCACCGGAUGUACGAACAAUUGAUCAGAUACGGGUCAUCGACCGUAACUCUGAAAUCCCGCAUGAAGGCCCUUUUUGUGAUCUUAUGUGGAGUGAUCCUGAAGAGAUUGAAACAUGGGCUGUCAGUCCUCGUGGUGCAGGUUGGCUUUUUGGAUCAAGGGUGACAGCUGAAUUCAAUCGCAUAAACAAUCUUGAUCUUAUUUGCCGGGCGCAUCAGUUGGUUCAGGAAGGCCUAAAGUAUAUGUUUCAAGACAAGGGCCUUGUAACCGUUUGGUCCGCACCUAAUUAUUGUUACCGGUGUGGAAAUGUCGCUUCUAUUCUGAGCUUCAACGAAAAUAUGGAGAGAGAGGUGAAGUUCUUUACUGAAACCGAGGAGAACAAUCAAAUGCGUGGGCCAAGGACAGGGGUGCCCUACUUUCUAUAAGUGGUCAUUCUCGAAGCUUGGGUCUUUACAUUCAUCAGAAUCCGCUCCAUUUUGUCGAGCAUCAGCACUGCCUUGGUUAUGAAAAGGAGAACCGAUGAGGGUCGGUGGGCCACUUGGGAACAGUUGAUUUAUUAUUGCUGACCAGAUGUUGACACGCAGAGGCCGCGUAGUGGUUUUUGCUGCAUAUAAUUUGAACUCAAUUUUAUAUUAUAAUUCUUGUCUUGGUGACCUUAGUUGAUUGUUGUUGUCUUAUGUUCUAAGGCAGGCUUUGGGAGUUGGAAAGAUAAAAGCGUAGUUUCAGGGAAAUCUGAUCUGUUAAGUUUUGUUCAUUGAGUAGUGUAUUAUUGGGAUUAGUUGUUGUGAAAACAGAUCAUGAUUGUCGUUAUGUUCUUGCAACUGCUAAACUUGUUUUGGUCGUAGUAA